UGCAAUAUAACUAACGAACAAAGCUGCUGCAGGAUGAGAAGAUGGCAGCUCGGCUGCUUGCACCACCAGGCCCUGAUAGUUUCAAGCCUUUCACCCCUGAGUCCCUGGCUAACAUUGAGAAGCGAAUUGCUGAGGAUAAGAUCAAGAAGCCACCAAAGCAGGAUGGCAGCCACCGGGAUGAUGACGAGGACAGCAAGCCCAAGCCAAACAGUGACUUGGAGGCAGGAAAGAGUUUGCCUUUCAUCUAUGGGGAUAUCCCACAAGGCCUUGUUGCUGUACCCCUGGAGGACUUUGACCCGUACUAUUUGACACAGAAAACCUUUGUAGUACUAAACAGAGGGAAAACACUCUUCCGAUUUAGUGCCACACCUGCCUUGUACAUUUUAAGUCCUUUUAACCUGUUGAGGAGAAUAGCUAUUAAAAUUUUGAUACAUUCAGUAUUUAGCAUGAUCAUUAUGUGCACUAUUUUGACCAACUGUGUAUUCAUGACUUUUAGUAACCCUCCAGACUGGUCGAAGAAUGUGGAGUACACGUUCACGGGGAUUUAUACAUUUGAAUCACUUGUGAAAAUUAUCGCCAGAGGUUUCUGCAUAGACGGCUUUACAUUUUUACGAGAUCCAUGGAACUGGUUAGAUUUCAGUGUCAUUAUGAUGGCAUAUGUGACAGAGUUUGUGGACCUGGGCAAUGUCUCAGCGCUGAGAACGUUCAGGGUUCUCCGAGCUUUGAAAACUAUCUCUGUAAUUCCAGGUCUGAAGACCAUUGUAGGAGCCCUUAUUCAGUCAGUCAAGAAGCUGUCUGAUGUGAUGAUCUUAACAGUAUUCUGCCUGAGUGUCUUUGCCUUGAUUGGACUACAGUUGUUCAUGGGCAACCUGCGGAACAAGUGUGUUGUGUGGCCCAUCAAUUUCAAUGAGAGCUUCCUUGAAAAUGGCACCAAAGGCUUUGACUGGGAAGAGUAUAUCAACAACAAGACAAAUUUUUACACCAUACCUGGCAUGCUAGAUCCUUUACUUUGUGGGAACAGUUCUGAUGCUGGACAAUGUCCUGAAGGAUACCUGUGCAUGAAGGCAGGAAGGAAUCCAAACUACGGCUAUACAAGCUUUGACACCUUCAGCUGGGCCUUUUUGGCGUUGUUUCGCCUCAUGACCCAGGACUAUUGGGAAAACUUGUAUCAGUUGACCUUACGAGCAGCGGGAAAAACAUACAUGAUCUUCUUUGUCCUGGUUAUCUUUGUGGGUUCCUUUUAUUUGGUCAAUCUUAUCUUGGCUGUGGUGGCCAUGGCCUAUGAAGAGCAGAACCAGGCAACUUUGGAGGAGGCAGAGCAAAAGGAGGCAGAGUUCAAGGCUAUGCUCGAACAAUUGAAAAAGCAGCAGGAGGAAGCCCAGGCUGCCGCAAUGGCCACUUCAGCUGGAACUGUCUCUGAAGAUGCUAUAGAAGAAGAAGGUGGGGGGCGGGGGUCUCGGAGCUCAUCGGAAGUUUCCAAACUCAGUUCGAAGAGUGCCAAAGAGAGACGUAACAGGAGGAAGAAGAGGAAGCAGAAGGAGCUCUCCGAAGGAGAAGAGAAAGGGGACAGUGAGAAGGUGUUUAAAUCAGAGUCAGAAGAUGGCCUGAGGAGGAAGACCUUUCGCCUACCGGACAACAGGAUAGGGAGGAAAUUUUCUAUCAUGAACCAGUCACUGCUCAGCAUUCCAGGUUCCCCAUUCCUUUCUCGCCACAACAGCAAGAGCAGCAUCUUCAGUUUUAAGACACCCGGCAGGUUCCGAGAUCCUGGUUCUGAGAAUGAGUUUGCAGACGAUGAGCACAGCACCGUAGAGGAAAGUGAAGGCCGCCGAGACUCGCUCUUCAUCCCCAUUCGGGCCCACGAGCGGCGCAGCAGUUACAGUGGCUACAGUGGCUAUAGCCAGGGCAGCCGCUCUUCUCGCAUCUUUCCCAGUCUGCGACGCAGUGUGAAACGUAACAGCACAGUCGACUGCAAUGGAGUGGUGUCCCUGAUCGGGGGGCCUGGGCCCACCAUGGCACCAGGGCGUCUUCUGCCUGAGGCAACAACGGAGGUGGAAAUUAAGAAAAAAGGCCCUGGAUCCCUCUUAGUCUCUAUGAACCAGCUGAAUGCCUCGUAUGGACGGAAGGACAGAGUCAACAGUGUCUUGAGUGUUGUCACAAAUACGCUGGUAGAAGAGUUAGAAGAGUCUCAGAGAAAGUGUCCUCCAUGUUGGUACAAAUUUGCCAACACCUUCCUCAUCUGGGAAUGCCAUCCAUACUGGAUCAAGCUGAAGGAGAUUGUGAAUAUGAUUGUCAUGGACCCUUUUGUGGACUUAGCCAUUACCAUCUGCAUUGUCCUGAACACCUUGUUUAUGGCGAUGGAGCAUCAUCCCAUGACACCACACUUUGAAAACGUCUUGGCUGUAGGAAAUCUGGUUUUCACUGGAAUUUUCACAGCAGAAAUGUUUCUGAAGCUCAUAGCCAUGGAUCCCUACUAUUAUUUUCAAGAAGGUUGGAACAUUUUUGAUGGAUUUAUUGUCUCCCUCAGUUUAAUGGAACUUGGUCUAGCAGAUGUGGAAGGGCUUUCGGUGCUGAGAUCUUUCCGUUUGCUCCGAGUCUUCAAACUGGCCAAAUCCUGGCCCACCUUGAAUAUGUUGAUCAAGAUCAUUGGAAAUUCAGUGGGUGCUCUAGGCAACCUGACCCUGGUGUUGGCCAUCAUUGUCUUCAUCUUUGCUGUGGUGGGGAUGCAGCUGUUUGGGAAGAGCUACAAGGAGUGUGUCUGCAAGAUCAACCAAGACUGUGUGCUCCCUCGCUGGCACAUGCAUGACUUUUUCCAUUCCUUUCUCAUUGUCUUCCGUGUAUUGUGUGGGGAAUGGAUUGAAACCAUGUGGGAUUGCAUGGAAGUGGCAGGCCAGGCCAUGUGCCUCAUCGUCUUCAUGAUGGUUAUGGUCAUUGGCAACUUGGUGGUGCUGAAUCUGUUUCUAGCCUUGCUUCUAAGCUCCUUCAGUGCUGACAACCUGGCUGCCACAGAUGAUGAUGGAGAAAUGAACAACCUACAAAUCUCUGUCAUCCGCAUUAAGAAGGGAGUAGCCUGGAUUAAAUUGAAAGUACACGCCUUUGUUCAGACCCACUUCAAACGUGAGGCUGAUGAGGUGAAGCCACUAGAUGAGCUGUAUGACAAAAAGGCCAACUGCAUUGCCAACCAUACUGGGGCUGACAUCCACCGUAAUGGUGACUACCAGAAGAAUGGGAAUGGCACCACCAGUGGAAUCGGUAGCAGUGUGGAGAAGUAUAUCAUUGAUGAGGACCACAUGUCCUUCAUCAACAACCCCAACCUAACUGUGCGGGUCCCCAUUGCUGUGGGCGAGUCUGACUUUGAAAAUCUCAAUACUGAGGAUGUCAGCAGCGAGUCAGAUCCUGAGGGCAGCAAAGAUAAACUGGAUGAUACCAGUUCCUCUGAGGGAAGCACCAUUGAUAUCAAACCAGAAGUGGAAGAAGUACCUGUGGAGCAACCUGAGGAAUACUUGGAUCCAGAUGCCUGCUUCACAGAGGGUUGCGUCCAGCGGUUCAAGUGUUGCCAAGUCAACAUUGAGGAUGGAUUGGGUAAGUCCUGGUGGAUCCUACGGAAAACCUGUUUCCUCAUCGUGGAACACAACUGGUUUGAGACCUUCAUCAUCUUCAUGAUUCUGCUGAGCAGUGGUGCUCUGGCCUUCGAGGACAUCUAUAUUGAGCAGAGGAAAACCAUCCGCACCAUCCUGGAAUAUGCGGACAAGGUCUUCACCUACAUCUUCAUCCUGGAGAUGUUGCUCAAGUGGACAGCCUAUGGCUUUGUCAAGUUCUUCACCAAUGCCUGGUGCUGGCUGGACUUCCUCAUUGUGGCUGUCUCUUUAGUCAGCCUUAUAGCUAAUGCCCUGGGCUACUCGGAACUAGGUGCCAUAAAGUCCCUUAGGACCCUAAGAGCUUUGAGACCCUUAAGAGCCUUAUCACGUUUUGAAGGGAUGAGGGUGGUGGUGAACGCCCUGGUUGGUGCCAUCCCCUCCAUCAUGAACGUUCUGUUGGUGUGCCUGAUCUUCUGGCUGAUUUUUAGCAUCAUGGGGGUGAACCUGUUUGCUGGGAAGUACCACUAUUGCUUCAAUGAAACAUCAGAGUACCGCUUUGAGAUAGAGGAAGUCAACAAUAAAUCAGACUGUGAAGCCCUCAUGGAUGGGAACUCCACCGAGAUCCGGUGGAAGAAUGUGAAGAUCAACUUUGACAAUGUAGGGGCAGGAUAUCUGGCUCUUCUCCAGGUGGCGACCUUCAAAGGCUGGAUGGAUAUCAUGUACGCAGCUGUGGAUUCCCGAAAGCCUGAACAACAACCUAAAUAUGAAGAUAACAUCUACAUGUACAUCUACUUUGUCAUCUUCAUCAUCUUCGGCUCCUUCUUCACCCUGAACCUGUUCAUUGGUGUCAUCAUUGACAACUUCAAUCAACAGAAGAAAAAGUUUGGAGGUCAGGACAUCUUUAUGACUGAAGAACAGAAAAAGUACUACAAUGCCAUGAAGAAGCUCGGCUCAAAGAAACCCCAGAAACCCAUCCCUAGGCCCCUUAAUAACAUCCAAGGCGUCGUCUUUGAUUUCGUAACUCAACAAGCUUUUGAUAUCGUGAUCAUGAUGCUCAUUUGCCUCAAUAUGGUGACGAUGAUGGUGGAGACAGACACUCAGAGCAAGCAGAUGGAGAACAUACUCUAUUGGAUCAACCUGGUCUUUGUCAUCUUCUUCACAUGCGAGUGUGUGCUCAAGAUGUUUGCUUUGCGGCACUACUACUUUACUAUUGGUUGGAACAUCUUUGACUUUGUAGUGGUCAUCCUCUCCAUUGUUGGAAUGUUCCUAGCUGAUAUAAUAGAGAAAUAUUUUGUGUCCCCAACUCUAUUCCGAGUCAUCCGAUUGGCCCGAAUUGGACGCAUCUUGCGUCUUAUCAAAGGAGCCAAAGGGAUCCGUACCCUUCUCUUUGCCUUAAUGAUGUCCUUGCCAGCCCUUUUCAAUAUUGGCCUUUUGCUCUUCUUGGUCAUGUUCAUCUUCUCCAUCUUUGGGAUGUCUAACUUUGCCUAUGUCAAACAUGAAGCUGGCAUUGAUGACAUGUUCAACUUUGAGACGUUUGGCAAUAGCAUGAUCUGCCUGUUUCAAAUCACCACCUCAGCCGGCUGGGAUGGUCUCCUGCUGCCCAUAUUGAACCGCCCACCUGACUGCAGCCUGGACAAGGAGCACCCAGGCAGCGGCUUUAAGGGAGACUGUGGGAACCCCUCAGUAGGGAUCUUCUUCUUUGUCAGCUACAUCAUCAUCUCCUUCCUAAUUGUGGUAAAUAUGUAUAUUGCCAUUAUCUUGGAGAACUUCAGUGUGGCCACAGAGGAGAGUGCAGACCCUCUGAGCGAGGAUGAUUUUGAGACCUUCUAUGAGAUAUGGGAGAAGUUUGACCCUGAUGCCACGCAAUUCAUUGAGUAUUGUAAACUGGCAGACUUUGCUGAUGCUUUAGAGCACCCGCUUCGUGUCCCAAAGCCCAACACCAUUGAGCUCAUUGCCAUGGAUCUGCCAAUGGUAAGUGGGGAUCGCAUCCACUGCCUAGACAUCCUUUUUGCCUUUACCAAGAGGGUCCUUGGGGACAGUGGAGAGCUGGAUGUCCUUCGGCAGCAGAUGGAAGAGAGGUUUGUAGCAUCCAAUCCUUCCAAAAUGUCUUAUGAGCCCAUCACCACCACACUGCGACGCAAGCAGGAAGAUGUGUCAGCAGUGGUCCUUCAGCGCGCCUAUCGGGGACAUUUAGCCAGACGAGGCUUCAUCAGCCGAAAGCUAACUUCCAAUAAGCUGGAGAAUGGGAUCACGCACCGGGAGAAGAAAGAAGGUACCCCUUCUACAGCCUCCCUCCCAUCCUAUGACAGUGUAACUAAGCCUGAAAAGGAGAAACAAGAGCGUGCAGAGGAAGGAAGAAGGGAAAGAGCCAAAAGACAAAAAGAGGUCAGGGAAUCCAAGUGUUAGAGGAAAAGCAAAAAAUUAUAUAUUGUACAGAUUUAAAACUUGAAAGUGAAAGAUUGUUUACAAACUUCCUGAUUAUUGUCAGUGCAGAACAGCUGUGGAGACCCUUCCCCAGAGAUCUAUACCAGACGUAGUCCGCUUCCCAUAUAACAAGGUCGCGUCUUGAGCAGUGACCUGCCAGAGGCAAAGGACCCUUCUCUAUGGACACAUGGAUUUCCUAACGCUCGGGCAGGUGGUUACUGCAUGUUUUCACAUCAGUCAAUGCAACUUUAGGACAAAACCAAGAGGAAACAAAAACAGGACACAGUGAAUAGGCUGCCGGGACCAGCAUAUUUCCGUUGCAGCCAAACGGGUUUUAUUUUCUCAUUUUGUUGAUUCUCAGAAGCAGAAAGCACCACUUUAAAAGUUUGUUUGUUCAUGCAAACUAUAUUUGCAUUCUUACAUUAGUUAAGCAGCUAAAAAAAAAGAAAGAAAAGAAAACACAUUUAGCCCAUGUCAUUUAAUUGUCAGUUUCUUUGGUAUUAACCGCAUCUUCUUUACAUGGGCUUCACGUGGUUUGGAGAUGGGUGGGAAAAACAACCAGGUUUCUUCAGGCUGAGGAGGACUUGCUCAGGCCAAUUCCAAACAUUGUGCUCGUUCAAUGCGUAGAAAUGAUUUGCAUGAUGGCAUGCUGUGAUCAGAAGUCAUGCAUGAGAACCAUACACCACAGGACAUUAAUGACCUGUCCACUGAACUGGGUCAUCCUUGGGAUAGGACCCAGCCCUGCACUGGCCACUGUAUUGGGAGAAAAUGGUAAGAUGUCCACGCCCACUACAAUUCCUUAUCAAUUCUUAUAAGUCUUUCACAUGCUUCCCAGGUCAAAACAAAACAAAACAAAACAAACAAAAAAAACAACCAACCAAACCGACAAGCAGACCAAAUUUUUUUUAUGUUUGACAGACAUUUCUGACAUACAGCCAUUGUUUCACAUUUAAAACAUGAACUCCUAAAUGCUGCUCUAUGUCCUAUUCAUGGGGAUACUGAUACCAAAUGGCUUGUAUUAAAAACAUCACUGUAAAACCAAAUCCUAGGGCUUACAGAGACAAAACCAAUUCAUUCGUACCUUGCAAUAUUUACGAUGAUUAUUCAGCCUUUGCACUGGAGAAUAGACAUUAUUUUGGAUUGAGAUAAGUGCUAUUAGAAAGUAGCAUGUUAUCUCUUGGUAAUUUGGGGAACUUGAGCCAGCCCUUGGUUGGGGGCUAAGGAAUGCUCACUUCACUUAGCAUCAUGUCCUUCUGCAUUCUUGCUUUCUCUGGGAGGAGGAGGUGGGGGAGAGGGGGUUCAGACAGGCUGUCCUGGUCUUUUGGCUCUUCUGCAAUGGGGUGGUGUAUACAGCCUGGCUCUCUGUAUGACCUUUCUUUGCUUCCAUAACGUUUUCCACCAGACAGGAGUUCUCAAUGACCUCACUGGAACGGGACUGUCCUGGGGCUGUCACUGACCUUUGUGGUAUAGCAGUAGUUGAGGAAUCCUGAGGUGGAGGUAGAGCCACCUCUUCACCUAAUUCCAUUUGGUUUCUUUUCUGCAGCGCUCUUGAUGAGAAAGGGAUUUCACAAUCAUACUCCAGAAAGUUCUCAUUUCUCCCAGCACAUUUGGUUUCUGCCAGUUUUGUUGUCUAUUUAGUUAGCUCUGUGUUCCCACUGUCCAUUUCCACUGGCCUGUGAUUUCAGGUCAGGGUUACCUUGUCCAUAGAAUGAAUUCACCCUCAAAAAACAUUCUUUUCCAUUUCCUGUUUAAGGAAAGAAUGUUUCAGUCAUGUGGUUUCUCAUUGUGCUGACUUUUGAUUUUCAAACUGAGAUGCUGCAGCCAAGUGCCAGUGAAAGAAAAGAGGGAGAAAGAUGUUAUAGAGUGUGGACCAAAUCAAAUACAACCUUCUGGAACAAGAAAAAGGGGAAAAAUCCCCCCAAAACAUAUACACCGACCUGCCUUGCAAUAGAAGCACUUAGGUUGUCAUUUCACACUUUAACUGGCUUGUUUUGCAUAGACCAGACCACAGCCUAUCCGUAAGCAGAGCUCUCCAUGAGGCUGGACUUAGUGACGAGGGAGCGAGUUCCAUUCAGUUCUCCUAGGCCAAUUCCAGCAGUGUCAUCAGCAGAGCUGUCUGCCCUAUUAUACCAGACACGAGAAUGGGAAGUCAUUUUUAUCCGCCAGUUACCCUCCCUACCGCUAGGUUGUAUAGUCACAUACAUAUGUACAGGCUCCAUUGUAAACAGCACAAAACAAAAGCUGAGACGUGUGGUUAAACUUUUUAAGAGAAUUAUAAAUACUGUAAUAUAUCAUCAUUUUAUUUUAUUGGCAUGCUUUUUGUAAAUACAAAAGAGUAACUAAAUUAAAUAGGAAAUGGCUUCUGGCUUAUGCCAUUGUCAUGUUUAUUUUUAUUUUUUAUACUUUUCUUUUUUCUUAGGUCUUAGAUGCUGUCAGCCAAUGUACAUCCCCAAACCAGACAGACAAAAAAUUUUUUUAUUGCUAAUGGUCUUUUCCAAAAUGACAAAAAAAAGUUUAUUUUUGUUCCAAUGUGCAAUAAAUUCUAACCACUUCUAUGCAAGAUUUGGCUAAACUUCAUAAUU